AUGGAGGGUGCAGAAGAGGAGCUAGAAAGAAGAAGCAAGUUCCUUAAAAGCUUGAUACAGAAGAAGAAAUCCGAAGAGCAACAAGAGCAGCAUGAUCACCUACAACACAAUAACGUUCGCGUCAGAGCUUGUGACAUGCCUCUCCCUCUUCAGAACCGUGCCUUUCGUUGUGCACGUGAUCUUCUGGAUUCUAUGCCACCAAAGAAGCUUGAUAGUAAACGCCUAGCCCUCACACUUAAGAAGGAGUUUGAUUCUUCAUAUGGUCCAGCUUGGCACUGCAUUGUGGGCACUAGCUUUGGCUCCUAUGUUACUCAUUCUCUUGGUGGCUUCCUGUAUUUUUCCAUUGACAAGGUUUAUGUCCUUCUCUUCAAGACUGCUGUUGAACCAUUAGACCAUUCAUAG